AUGACAGGUUUGAUUGUCUUCAUUAGAAGGCCACAGCAGGGGACGGUAGACACAACAGGGAGCAGAGGACACAGCAGGGAGCAGAGGCCACAGCAGGGAGCAGAGGCCACAGCAGGGAGCAGAGGUCACAGCAGGGAGCAGAGACCACAGCAGGGAGCAGAGGACACAGCAGGGAGCAGAGGCCACAGCAGGGAGCAGAGGACACAGCAGGGAGCAGAGGCCACAGCAGGGAGCAGAGGUCACAGCAGGGAGCAGAGACCACAGCAGGGAGCAGAAGACACAGCAGGGAGCAGAGGACACAGUAGGGAGCAGAGGCCACAGCAGGGAGCAGAGGACACAGCAGGGAGCAGAGGACACAGCAGGGAGCAGAGGCCACAGCAGGGAGCAGAGGACACAGCAGGGAGCAGAGGCCACAGCAGGGACCAGAGGCCACAGCAGGGACCAGAGACCACAGCAGAGACCAGAAGACACAGCAGAGACCAGAAGACACAGCAGAGACACAGAGACCACAGCAGAGACCAGAGACCACAGCAGAGACCAGAGACCACAGCAGAGACCAGAGACCACAGCAGAGACCAGAGACCACACCAGGGAGCAAAAGACACAUCAGAGCCGCCUCCCAGAUCACCUCCUUCAAUAUACAACAAGCUACAUGGAAAAUAA